AAUUCUUUCGGAGAUUAAACACUUGGAGAGGAAAAUGACAUCGAUUAUUAAGUUGACUACGCUUUCAGGGGUGCAGGAGGAAUCUGCCCUUUGCUAUCUGUUGCAAGUAGAUGAAUUUCGUUUUCUUUUGGACUGUGGCUGGGAUGAAAACUUUUCUAUGGAUAUUAUUGAUUCUCUGAGGAAGCAUGUACACCAGGUUGAUGCUGUUCUUCUUUCUCAUCCUGACCCUCUACACCUUGGUGCUCUUCCAUAUGCAGUUGGAAAAAUGGGGUUGAAUUGUGCCAUUUAUGCAACUAUUCCUGUAUAUAAAAUGGGACAGAUGUUUAUGUAUGAUCUCUACCAGUCUCGCCAUAAUACUGAAGAUUUCACACUCUUUACAUUGGAUGAUGUAGAUGCAGCCUUUGAUAAGAUACAACAGCUGAAGUUUUCUCAGAUUGUGAACUUGAAAGGUAAAGGACAUGGUUUGUCAAUCACACCAUUGCCAGCUGGCCACAUGAUAGGAGGCACAAUUUGGAAGAUUGUCAAGGAUGGAGAGGAAGAAAUUGUUUAUGCAGUUGAUUUCAACCACAAGAGGGAGAUCCAUCUGAAUGGAUGUUCCUUGGAAAUGUUGAGCAGGCCUUCAUUGCUUAUUACAGAUUCAUUUAAUGCUACUUAUGUACAACCCAGGAGGAAGCAAAGGGAUGAACAGCUACUGACUAAUGUUUUGGAGACAUUACGAGGUGAUGGAAAUGUAUUAAUAGCCGUGGAUACAGCAGGCAGAGUUCUGGAACUUGCUCAACUUCUUGAUCAGAUCUGGAGAACAAAGGAUGCAGGAUUAGGAGUCUACUCUCUAGCUCUUUUGAAUAAUGUCAGCUACAAUGUAGUGGAGUUCUCUAAAUCACAGGUUGAAUGGAUGAGUGACAAGUUGAUGAGGUGCUUUGAAGACAAGAGAAACAAUCCUUUUCAGUUCCGCCAUCUGUCCUUGUGUCAUAGUCUGUCUGAUCUGGCUCGUGUGCCUAGUCCAAAAGUUGUUCUUGCCAGUCAGCCUGACUUAGAGUGUGGAUUUUCUAGAGAUCUUUUCAUUCAAUGGUGCCAGGAUUCCAAAAACUCUAUAAUUUUAACUUACCGCACUACACCUGGAACAUUAGCACGAUUCCUGAUUGAUAAUCCUUCUGAAAAAGUUAUAGAUAUUGAGUUGAGAAAACGUGUCAAGUUGGAAGGAAAAGAACUUGAAGAAUACCUAGAAAAGGAGAAACUAAAGAAAGAAGCAGCUAAGAAGUUGGAACAGUCUAAAGAGGCAGAUAUCGAUUCCAGUGAUGAGAGUGAUGCUGAAGAGGAUAUUGAUCAGCCAACUGUACAUAAGACCAAACAUGAUUUGAUGAUGAAGGGUGAAGGUAGCCGGAAAGGAAGCUUCUUCAAACAGGCAAAGAAAUCUUAUCCAAUGUUUCCAGCCCCUGAAGAAAGAAUUAAAUGGGAUGAAUAUGGCGAGAUUAUCAAACCUGAAGAUUUUCUAGUUCCAGAACUUCAAGCAACAGAAGAAGAAAAAAGCAAAUUAGAAUCUGGUUUGACGAAUGGAGAAGAGCCUAUGGACCAGGAUUUAUCAGAUGUUCCUACCAAAUGUAUUUCUGCAACAGAAUCCAUGGAAAUUAAAGCCAGAGUUACAUAUAUUGACUAUGAAGGACGCUCAGAUGGGGACUCAAUUAAAAAAAUUAUUAACCAAAUGAAACCAAGGCAACUGAUCAUUGUCCAUGGACCACCUGAGGCCAGUCAGGACCUUGCAGAAUGUUGCAGAGCUUUUGGUGGAAAAGAUAUUAAAGUUUACAUGCCAAAACUGCAUGAAACUGUAGAUGCAACCAGUGAAACUCACAUUUACCAGGUCAGGCUAAAAGAUUCUCUUGUAAGCUCGCUUCAGUUCUGUAAAGCCAAGGAUGCUGAGUUGGCUUGGAUAGAUGGUGUUCUGGACAUGCGAGUUUCAAAAGUGGAUACUGGAGUUAUUUUGGAAGAGGGGGAGCUGAGGGAAGAUGAAGACUUAGAGAUGCAAGUGGAUAUGCCAUCUUCAGACUCUAGUGUCAUUGCACAACAGAAAGCCAUGAAAAGCCUCUUUGGUGAUGAUGACAAGGAGAUGUGUGAGGAGAGUGAGAUCAUUCCUACUUUGGAACCUCUGCCACCUCAUGAGGUUCUUGGACAUCAGUCUGUGUUUAUGAACGAGCCAAGACUGUCUGACUUCAAGCAAGUUCUCUUGCGAGAAGGUAUACAAGCUGAAUUUGUAGGAGGAGUGCUUGUGUGCAACAAUCUGGUAGCUGUUCGCAGGACUGAAACAGGGCGCAUCGGAUUGGAAGGCUGUCUCUGUCACGACUUCUAUAGGAUAAGAGACCUUUUAUACGAGCAAUACGCUAUUGUCUAAGGAAAGUGCUGCAAAGAUGUUUUUACUUGAACUUUUAAAGAAAAUGGAGAUUUCUCCCAACUUUGACUUUUUGUAGUUUUCUAAUUUAUACAGGGGAAACCUAAUUCAUAAAGAACAAUUAACUACCCUGAACAUGUAAAUAACCGCUACCAUCAUUCUUCAUAAAUCUGUUGGUACGUUCCAUGUUGUUGAUUUUCAAACUGUUAAUGACUUUCUGUCUCCCACAUAACACAUUAUAAAUGAGUUUAGGACUAUGAACCCUUCUCAGGAAAGGUUCAAUUCGUCAUGACAUGUUUUGGUUUCAUAGAUUCCCUGCAAAAGAGUACAAAAUAUGUAAAA